AUGCAGGAAAACCUGAAGAUCUUUGGGGCUGCCCCAAAUGGUGCUGUGGUGUGGACCGGGGCUGGGUUUGUCCUGCCGCGUGAUGCUGUGCUGGACUAUCCUGAGGGGCUAGAGCUGGGGAUGCUGGUGCCCCGAGUGCACCCUGAGUUCCUGCCCUACAGCUGCCUCUUCAGGGCUUGGGGGGUGGAGGUGACGGUGAGCGAGGAGAGGGCAGCUGCAGCCCUGCGCUGCCUAGGGCAGGACAUAGAUGGACGCGGCUCCAGAGCUGGCACCGACGCAGAGUUGAAGGUGACUCUGGCUGUCCUGGAGUGGCUGAAGAAUCGGGGGCACCAAGGCAAGGGCAGAGUACCGGUUCCUGUGAGGAUCCCGGAGGGUCCGGGCUUUGCCCUCCGCCCAGCUGACUCUACCGUAUACCUGGAUAUGGAGUUGGAGGGAGAGGAGGAUGCUCAGGAGGUGGUGCACGAGGCAGUGCCAUCCGGCACGGCCAUGUUCUUCGGCACGGUGCUACUCAGUACACGGGUGCUUGGGCCAGAGCCAUUCGCAGUGUGCGGCCCCUCGGAGCCCAUCACCUUACGGCUCCGCAACAUCCUCCGGGAGUACGGCGAGGAGGGCGACCUCUUCACAGAGAUGGUCCAGAAUGCAGAGGAUGCCGGAGCUACCGUGUGCCGCUUCCUGCUGGACAUCCGAAGCUGCAGAAAAGCCACCUCUGGUCUGCUAGACCCUGGCAUGGCUACCUGCCACGGCCCAGCCCUCUGGGCCUACAACAAUGCCCUGUUCACAGAGGAUGACCUCCAUAACAUCACACAAGUUGGGGCUGCUACAAAGGAGGGCCAGGCAGGCCGGAUCGGGCGCUUUGGGCUGGGCUUCAACUCUGUCUACCGCAUCACAGAUGUGCCAGCGGUGCUGAGCGGGGAAACGCUGCUCAUCUUUGAUCCAAAUGGCACCCACUUGGGCAAGCACAUCCCCAGGGCCGGCUGCCCUGGCAUCCGCCUGGACUUCUCCAGACGGCCACAGAUCCUCCGUGUCUUCGCUGAGCAGUUCUGGCCCUAUCAUGGUAUCUUUGGGUGCUGCCUGCCCAAGCCAGGACCCUUUCCAGGGAGCCUUUUCCGCCUGCCUUUUCGCACUGAAGAGGAGGCUGUGGCAUCACAGAUUUGCUCAGAGGCCUUUGGUACAGAGCGCAUCCAGGCCCUUGGCACCAGAUUCCUCGACUCUAACCGGCUCCUGCUGCUCUUCCUGCAGAAGGUAAGGGAGAUGUCCCUGGACACGCUGCCAGACAAGGCCACCUUUGCGGAGGACACCAUGCCUCUGGUCAGGCUGCGGCGAAAGGAACUCCGGGAUUUGGGGACACCUGGGGAACCCCCAAGCUGGGCAGCCAUCGAGCAGCUCACCGCCUAUGAAGAAGACUCGAAGACCACGUGGCACUACCUAGUUUUGGUGCGUCGGGAUGAUGGGGAGUUGCUGGAACUGUUUCACCAGCACACACGGGCAAAGCUCCAUCCUCCGCUUCCUACGGCUGGUGUAGCCCUUCCUCUCGCCCGUACAGCAGAUGACAAGUGGGAGCCACGUCUGGAUGCUGAGGAGGGGCAAGUCUUCUGCCACCUUCCCAUGCCAGUUACCUCAGGGCUGCCAAUCCACGUGCACGGGGCCUUCAGCAUCCUCUCAAACCGCAAAGGGCUGUGGGACACAGCGGAGCGCGGUGAGUGGAACCGGACGCUGCUCCGCAACGCUGUGCCGGCUGCCUGGCUCCGGGCGCUGGACCACCUCCGCACCAUGCAUGAGGCAGGUGAGCUGAAGAGCUACAAAUAUCACGACUUCUGGCCAGACAUCAACACUGCCCGUUACCCCUUUACGGAAGCUGUGACUGGUUUCUACCAGGCUGUGGCUGCAAAGAAUGGCCCCAGGCUGUUUUCCGACGGCUGCUCAUGGUGCUCGCUGCGAGACGCCCGCUUCCUGCACCGGGCUGUGGUCAGGCACCCCAAGCUGGGUGCCGUGGCAGAGCGUGUCUUUGCCACCACCCUUCCCCAUCCCCUGAGAGCUGUGGCCUUGCCAGAGCAGGUGCAGAGGGGCCUCGGGAAGGCAGCGGACGCUGGCACCUAUGACUGGCCCCGGUUUUACUGCGAGCUUGUGCUUCCCAACUUGAAAGACCUCUCUGUCGUUGACCGGGACGAACUGGUUGUCCACGCACUGGAUAUGUUCCACAUUGACGUGGACAAAGCGCUGCAGACAGUGCCCUGCAUCCCUGCCACCCCUCAUGGCCACCUGCAGUUCAUCAGUCACCUGGUGCAUCCCAGAGGCCGCACCGCCUCUUUAUACGACCCGGAGGAUGGGCGCUUCCCCACUGGGCAUGCCUUCCUUUCGCCAGAAAGGCUAAACCAGCUGGAGAGGCUGGGCAUGGCUAAGGACACAAUGGCCCUGCCAGAGCUGCUGGAGCGGGCAAAGACAGUGCAGCUUCUCUGGAGCAAGGACAGUGCCCAGGCCUGCCAGAGGGCUGCCUGCAUCCUUGAGCUGCUUCGGGAUGCGAACCUGCAGGAGAGCACCAACUGCUGCUACAAGUACCUGAACACAGUGCUCCAGAGAGAUCACUCCAGCUGGGAUGAGGUGGCUUCUGCAGUGGCCCAGGGAGAGCCCUUCAUCUUGGUGGGCUCCCACUUCGUGCCGGUCACGGCUGUGGCCGAGAUGCUGUCAUUUGUGGCUGUCCCAUAUCUUCACCAGCUCCCACAGCAGUACCGGCUCUACAGCCAGCUCUGGAAGUGCGUGGGGCUGCGCCACACGUUCUCCUGGGAUGAUUACGCCAAAGCGCUCCGCAGCCUGGCAGAGACGCAUGCUGGAGAGCCGCUGCCAGACACGGAGCUGGAUCUGGCCGUGCGGGUAGUGUCUUGUGGCUUGAUGGGUGAUGACAAAGAGCCAGAUGCCUACCAGACCCAGCAACUCUUUCUACCUGACCAGGAGGGCAUUUUGCGUCCCCGGGACAAGCUCCACUUCAACGACACACCAUGGAUGCCAGUGGACAGAGAUGUCCUGCUGUGCCACGAGCAGCUGUCCCGAGCUGCAGCCCUGCAUUGUGGGGUGCCUACCACACGCCACCGGGUACUGGAAAAGAGCCGACUGUUCACUGGAGACCUGAGCCUCUGGAUGCAGCCAUUUGGUGCCUGUGAAGACUUGCCUACACGGCUGAAGAACAUCUUGUAUGAGUACCCAUCAUGCGCUCAUGAUAUAGUGAGGGAGUUGCUCCAGAACGCGGAUGAUGCUGGUGCGAGCCUUGUGCACUUCGUGUGGGACCACCGGCAGCACCCAGUGAAGGCCACUUUCAGUGAGAAAUGGAACACCCUGCAGGGCCCCGCCCUCUGCAUCUACAAUGACAGCCCCUUCCAGCAGCGGGACAUUGAAGGCAUUCAGCGUCUAGGGGUUGGUGGCAAGCAAGGCCGGCAGGAUGUCGCAGGCAAGUACGGCCUUGGCUUCAACACUGUCUUCCACUUCACUGACUGCCCAGCCUUCCUCACUGGGGACAGUGCCCUGUGUGUCUUUGAUCCCCAUCUCUACUAUCUGCCCAUGGCCACGAGUGAGAGUCCUGGUGGGAUGUUUGCUGUCAACUCUGAAUUCAAGAAGACCUUUCCAGAUGUUUAUGGCACCUUCCUACCUUCCUUCUUCAACCUGAACGAGGGUGUCCUCUUCCGUCUGCCUCUCCGCACUCCAGCUGGGGCUACAAUUUCCAAGGUGUCUGGCAUGGUUGUGAGGGACCAAGACCUCAUGGACAUGAAGAGAGUACUGGCUAAGGAAGGCGAGGAAUUGGUGCUCUUCCUCCGGCACCUGCGCACUGUGAUCUUCUCCGAGAUCCCCCCAGAUGGAGAACAGUUGUUGGAGAAGCUGCGGGUGGCUACAAAGCUGACAGACGAUGAUGCAGAGCUGAGACGGGCUUUUCAAGCAAGAUUGAGCCAAGAUGUGAAUAACAGCAGCCCCACCUCUGUCUCCUACAUCAUGAAAGUCGAAAACAGCAUGGCCAGGGCCAGCACUGUGUGGAGGGUGAUCUCCCAAAUUGGGGUGCAGGAGAGCGUUGAGGAGUCUCCGGUGCCUGGGCGGUUGCCCCACGGGGCUGUGGCUGCCUGCCUGAAGCCAUUGAGCUUGGAAAACGUCACAGGUAGAGCUUUCUGUACCCUCCCGCUGCCGCUGACCACAGGGCUGCCUGUGCACAUCAACGCCAACUUCUCUGUGGAUGUGGCCAGACGCAAUCUCUGCCAGGACCCAGGUAGCACAGAGGCAGCCUGGAAUAAAUUCUUGCUCCAGCACUUGGUGACUCCACUGUACUGUGCCUUUCUCAACAGGCAGUGGAAAGCUCUGAAGCCCGAAGGGCUCCAGUUCAAGUCCCUGGAGGUCUGCCAGGAUCACCUGGUCUUCCACUACCUCCAGUUCUUCCCUGCCGUGACAAAGGCGCUACCUGCCUUUCAGGACCUGGUGAGGGAUGUCUACAGGCACCUCAGCCAUGCACGCCUGCCCCUGGUGCCUGUGUAUCACAUGAAGCCACCUAAACGCAUGGUGACAAUGACCUGGGCAUCUCCAGGUGGUGGAGAUGUGCUAACAGAGCCGUACUUCCUCAGGGAGAUGCCUCACCAAGCUCUUCAGGAGGUGCUGCAGCGUCUGAACAUGAACCUGGUGCCAGCAUUCGUCCACUUGCGGCAGAUCUAUGAGAAUUUCCGUGAAGCCCGUGUAGAUGCUGUUGCUUUGGAUCCAGCCUCUCUCCGGCGCUUCCUCAAGGCCCUGGCACUCCCCGUGCCCUGCACGCUGGCUGAGACACCCCUGGGGACCACAGCAAGAUGCUCCAUCCUGCUGUUGCACUGCCUGGGGAAGUCAGAUGAGGACAAGGCAGAACUGGAAGGCCUGCCCUUGCUGGCCACGCAAGAUGGCCGCCUGAACGCUCUCAGCAUCCACCACCCAGUCUUCCACAACUCCUUUGCCCAUCUCUUCCCCAACCACCGCCACCGCUUUGCCGACAAGUCCAUUUCUGACUUGCUUCCAUCUUGCUUUGUGAAGAAGCUUGGCUUCCCAGAGGCCACACCACUCAUCCAGGAGGCAUUGGCUCAGCUGCAAUGGAACACAGAGGGAGAGAACUGGCUCAAGAUGCUGUGGAAGUUCUUUGGCACUGUGGUCUGCACAGCAGAGAACUCCAAAGAUGAAUUGGAUUCAUUCAUGAAUCAUCUCCAGGAUGUGGUGGUGCUGCCCGUUGAGCAGGAUGGGACAGACUCAAAGCCUCUACUGCCGCUCUCCUCCCUCCGCAAUGUUCUUUUUGAGCGUGGCACAGAUGUGGCCAAGGUGCUGCGCAAACUGGGCAUCCCUGUGCUCCGGCUGUCCCUGCUGCCUCGUGAUUUUGCCCAGGACUGCCUGAAGGCAAGGGCACUGCAGGCCACAGAGCCCAGGGCUGUGCUGGCCCAGCUGGUGAACGCCAGAGAUGAUCUGCGCUGGAAGGACCUAAACGAAUGGGAUGUGAUUCCCCUGCUGCGCUUUUUUAUUCAGGGAAAUCUGGAUUUGUCAGCACUGCAGCAACUCUGGCUCCUGCCUCUCUUCCAGAAGUAUGAUGGGAGCUACGUAGCUGUGGCACCCUACCAGAAGGUGCUGUUGCUCAAAAGCCGGUUCCACGAACCGCCCCCGGGUGCCCAAGUCCUGUACAAGCUGGAGAAGAAAAUGUUGCUGCUCACAGCAGACCCGAUCCACCAGCAGCUGGCCAAGGAUAUGCGGUGGGAGGUCAUAGAUGACCAUAAGCUCUUCAAGACUGUGAUGCUGCCCCGGCUGUCCCAGCUUACAGCGCGAGAGCUUAUGGAAGCUCUGCGCUUGUUCUUUGCCCUGCAACGCUUCCGUGACUUUAAGUUCGAGAAAGCUGUUGUGGAAGCUUUUCAGACUGUGGCCUUUAUACCUGAUGCCCAUGGUGUGCUGCACCAAGCCUCCUACUUCUACAGCAACGUGCCCUCCUUCUGCACUCUGCGGCUCCAACACCGCUUUGUGCCCAAGUCGUUCUUCGUGCAGCUGCGUUGCAACCGGGAAGAUGUAGAGCAUUUCCUGUGUCAGGCAGGGGUCCGCACCAGUCUCUCUGUGGAGGAUUUUGUGGAACUGGCGCUGCAGAUAGAGCGUGAAGCCACUCAGGUUACGUGCCACGAUGAAGACCUGCUGGCACGACAGCAGGAGAUGCUCAAGAAGCUUGGCGAUGUGUUGGAUGAUGCCUCAUCAGAGGGUCUCCUGGAGCAAAUUGCCUCAAUCCACUUUCUGCCUCCACUGGACAUCCCCUCAGACUUGACGAACCUCCACCCCCCUUUUGCAGCCUCCACUAAGCCUGUGGCUCUGAAGGGCAGCGUUUACCACUGCCAAGACGAUGUGGCAGAGCUCCUGUGGACAUCAGCCACCAUCCUGCCAAAGUCCUCUGCACUCAAGAAGAAAUGCCUACAGGCCACGGGGGUCCUUUUGGAGAUACCCACCGCCCUGGUGGUGACCAACCUGGAGCAGGUGUGCAGGGCAGCCUGCCAGACACCACAGCAGGUAAGCACACGGGCCAGCGUGCUCCAGAAGGUGUACAGCUUCUUGCAGAUCCAUCUGAAGGAGGUGAAUGCAGAGAGCCUAGCUGAGCUGCCCGUGGUGCUGGCCAAGUCAGGGGACAUGGCCGUGCCAUCGCGAGUGGUGACAUCCCUCCCGGACGAGACUGACUUUUACCCCUAUCUCCUCACGACUGACCCCCACGUGGCUGUCUAUGGAGACCUCCUGAAACACCUUGGGGUGGCCCUGUUCCCCACACUGACUCACUACAGUCAUGUCCUGGCCCAAAUCCACCAGGAGAGCCACGUCAGUGGCACCCUCAACACUACCCAGAAGAAGAUAGCCCUGCUGGCCACGCGGCACUUCUUCCAGCUGCUGCGAGACACGCCAGAGUGCCCCGAUUCCUCCUCUGUGGACAAGCUGUACUUGCUGAGCACAGCUGACUGCCUGGAGCCAUCCCACACGCUAUACUUCAAUGACUGCAUCUCCUCCAAUACUUCCAGGGCCUUGGGGAAGACCUUUGUGUUCAUGGCCGAAUUGCCGGGGACCGGGUGCAAUGCCUGGUGGCUGCUGGAAAAGCUACCAUUGCACCUGCGGCCACGGGCCCUCCGUUGGCGCUGGCGGCAACGGGCACUCUCAGAGGUGACAGAGCAGCAGCUGGAGGAGGGCAGUCUGCGGCUGUGUCGCUAUGGCUCUCAGUGCCAGGGGCAGAGGCAUUUGCAGACUCUCCUGGUAUCGCCAUGGUUUAGGAUGGGGCUGGAGUCCCUGCUGCGGUGGCAGAGCCACAGGGCCACGAGCAGAAGGGAGUGGGAUGGUGAUUUUGCGGUGGAGCAGCUGAAAGUGCAGUGCUGCGAGGACAUCCGCACCGUGCUGGUCCACCGUGGUGCUAAGGUGGAGGGCAGCUCUGAGUCACGGGGGGUCCACGUGUGCCAGGCUGGUGGUGCCCAGCGGCUCCUCUACAUCCGGCACACAGAGAUGGUGCUGGACCGGCACCAGCUGAGGAUCCUGGAGACGCUAGCGCAGGAGAUCAACAUCAUCCUGGGUGGGCAGCUGGAGGCACCCGCCUUGUCAGUGCUGCGUGAAAUGCUGGUCUGCCAGAAGCCACAGGACGUGGUCCUUGUUCUGGAGGAGAAUGACGUGGCACUGGUAGGUGCUGCACCAGAGCCAGAGGAGCCUGUGAGCACUACCAAGCACCACGGCUGGGGACGAGAAGACCAUGGCUCCCGGUUGUGUAAUAAGAAGGACGUAGCACCGACUCCGGACGUCCCAGAGGCCCAGCGGUGGCUGCGGCAGGCCAAAAGUGACCUGCAGGCAGCCCACAAUGACAUCAGGCGCGGCUGCCCCGACUGGGUCCUCUUCAAGCUGCACCAGGCUGUGGAGAAGGCGCUGGUGGCUGGCGGACUUUGCCAUGGCAAGGACUUUGAGACUCCAGUGAAGCUGGUGAGGCUGGCCAAGUGGUUGGAGGCACAGGAACCAGAGCUGAAAGGCCUGGCAGAGAAGGUGAAGUGGCUGCGUGGCUGUGGCAUGGAUGGCAAGGCCACACAGUACCCGAGUUGCCACCCCUUCCCCAUCAUCCCCAACGAGGCCUGCAACAAUGUGGAUGAGGAGAAGGUUCUGAAGCGGGUACAAGAAGUGGUAGAGAGGCUGCAGGACAAUGUGGGCAGAAAGUGGGGGUUAAGGCACUGGCAGCUGGGCCACAGGAACGCCACGGAUCCACCAGAGACUCACCACAGAGCUCUUGUGAACUCGCUGUGGACUUGCCACAGACCUGCCCCAG